GCGGGGUAAGGGGCAGCCCCCUGACGGGUUAGGGGCUGGGUCAGAAAAGCUGCCUCACGGGCGCCCGCUGGCCCCUACGCUCCCUCCCUCUGUCCCUCCCCACGCUCCCCGCCCGGGCCUCCCUUGCAGUCUCCGCUGCGCCCUCCCGGAGGCAGCGCUCGUCGCGGCCUCGCCAUGUCCCAGCCAGGCCAGAAGCCCGCCGCCUCCCCGCGACCCCGCCGCGCCGCAGCGGCCCGCCACACCCAGGAGCAUGCCAAUGAGAAAAACAGUGACUCGCCUUCCAAGUCAGGAGAAAAGAAAGGAUCGGAUGAGAAAAAAGCAACAAGCCAUGGGAGCAGUCAACCCUCCAGAACCCAUGCUGGUGGAACAGCUCCAGCCACCAAGGUGUCCACUUCCUCUGCUUCAACCAGCAAGUCUUCCAGUAUGAAUCCCACAGAAACCAAGGCUGUAAAAAUAGAACCUGAAAAGAAGUCACAGUUAACUAAGCCAUCUGUGGUUCAUGAGGAAAAAACUCAAGAAGUAAAGCCAAAGGAACACAGAGAGCCAAAAAGCCUAUCCAAACAUGCUUCAGAUACAGGUAGCAAGCAUGCCCAUAGUGAAAAAGCAGUUUCCGGAUCAAGUGAGCAGCCAACAUCAGAGAAAUCAACAAAACCAAAGUCAAGCAUGGAUGCUGCUUUGGAUGACUUAAUAGACACUUUAGGGGAACCUGAAGAAACUGAAGAAGAUAACACAACAUAUACUGGACCUGAAGUUUUGGAUCCAAUGACUUCUACCUACAUAGAGGAAUUGGGUAAAAGGGAAGCCACAAUUCCUCCCAAAUAUAGGGAACUUUUGGCUAAGAAAGAAGGGAUCACAGGCCCUCCUCCAGACUCUUCGAAACCCAUGGGGCCCGAUGAUGCCAUAGAUGCCUUGUCAUCUGACUUCACCUGCAGUUCUCCUACCGCUGGUGGAAAGGAAACUGAGGAAGAGAAAUCUACAGGAGAGGUUUUGAAAGCUCAGUCAGCUGGAGUAAUCAAAAGUGCUGUCCCACUGCACGAGAAAAAAAGAAAGGUGGAGGAGGACACAAUGAGUGAUCAAGCAUUAGAAGCUCUUUCAGCUUCUCUGGGCAGCCGGAAGUCAGAACCUGAGCUCGACCUCAGCUCCAUUAAAGAAGUCGAUGAGGCAAAAGCCAAAGAAGAGAAACUAAAGAAGUGUGGUGAAGAUGACGAAACAGUCCCAGCCGAGUACAGAUUAAAACCAGCCACGGAUAAAGAUGGAAAACCACUAUUGCCAGAAUCUGAAGAAAAAUCCAAACCACUGAGUGAAUCAGAACUCAUUGAUGAGCUUUCAGAAGAUUUUGACCAGAAUAAAUGUAAAGAAAAACAAUCUAAGCCAACUGAACGAACAGAAGAAUCUCAGGCGGGCGCCCCAGCUCCUGUGGGAGAAGAUGUGCCUCAUGCCCCAGCUCCUGUGGGAGAGGAUGUGCCUCGGGCCUCCAUGUGUAGUAUACAGUCAGCACCACCCAAGCCAGCCACCUUGAAGGGCAUGGUGCCAGAUGAUGCUGUGGAAGCCUUGGCAGGUAGCCUGGGGAAAAAGGAAGCAGAUCCAGAAGAUGGAAAGCCUGUGGAGGAUAAAGUCAAGGAGAAAGCCAAAGAGGAGGAUCGUGAAAAACUUGGUGAAAAAGAAGAAACAAUUCCUCCCGACUAUAGAUUAGAAGAGGUCAAGGACAAAGAUGGGAAACCACUCCUGCCAAAAGAGUCCAAGGAAUCGCUUCCACACAUGAGUGAAGACUUCCUUCUUGAUGCUUUGUCUGAGGACUUCGUUGGUCCCCCAAACACUUCAUCAUUUCAAUUGGAGGACGCUAAACUUUCCGCUGCCAUCUCUGAAGUGGUCUCCCAGACCCCAGCCUCAGCCACCCACUCCGCAGUCCCACCCCCUGACACUCCAAGUGACAACAAAGAACUCGAUGAUGCCCUGGAUCAACUUUCUGACAGUCUAGGGCAAAGGCAGCCUGAUCCAGAUGAGAACAAACCAAUAAAAGAUAAAGUCAAGGAAAAAGCUAAAGCUGAACAUAGGGACAAGCUGGGAGAAAGAGAUGACACAAUCCCACCUGAAUACAGAGAUCUCUUGGAUAAUAAUGAGGGCAAACCAGUGAAGCCACCUACAAAGAAACCCAAAGAAUCAAAGAAACCUGCAGAUGACCAAGACCCCAUUGAUGCCCUCUCAGGGGAUUUUGACAGCUGUCCUUCAACUACAGAAAUCUCAGAGAACAGAGCAAAGGGCAAAGACAAGAAGAAGGCUGCUUCCAGCUCCAAAGCUCCAAAGAAUGGGGGAAAAGCAAAGGAUUCUGCAAAGGCAAAGGAGGAAAUCUCCAAGCCAAAAGCUGAUGAAAAAAAUAAGAGUUAAAGUUCACAUUAUUUGGUAUCUGUACAUAAAACCUUCGGCUGGCGGAUGGUGACUUUUGAAGAACUUUGGCAACAGAAAAUUUUCUGGGUGGCUUCUAGACAGUGGUAUUUGUUGAGUCUUUUGACAACCUAAACAUUGGUCUGUUAUUCUUUUCCCAGAAAAAAAUUGAAUUUGCCUGGUUCAACUGCGCUAUUGUACUGAGUAUUGAUAAACUGAAUUUUUAAAAAUUGCUCUCAGUUGGGAGAGAAAGGAACUUUAUAUUUCUAAGAGAUAUUUGAUAGUUUCUUAAAGCAACACACAAAAAAGAAGAAAAACCUUUGCAAACUUUUGCACAUUCUACACAUAGUGCCUGUAAAUCUCAUCAGUAUUUUCAGUUUGCACUUAAUUUUUUUUGUUGUUAGCAUUUGGAAAACAAUGCUUUAAGCAUUCUUUAAUAUUCUGAUUUCUCAUUAUCCCUUUCUCUUGGGCUUUUGAACUGUAUUUGAUGUUUCUUUGGGUUUAUGUUUAUAAGUCAAACAAAAAAUGUUGUACAAUGGGCACAUAUCUUCUCUUGGGCUGCUAUAUAAUAAAUUAAUAACCUGGACAGACCAGGAAGCACCACACCCCUUUUCAGGUCUAACUCUUUGUCAGAGGCUAGGACUUCUGCACCUUACAGCCAGCACAAAGCAAACAGACUUGAAUCAAAUCAGAAGAACAUAAUACAGAUUAUAUGUCACUGCAUAGAAAGUUCCAAGAAUAAUAAAAUCUACUACUUAGAAUAUUCAUAUUGCUUGAACAUUGUUGGUUUACUGUGUUAAGCUGUGCUUUCCAUUCUCUCCAUAUAAAACCUGACAGCAAUUGUUUGCUUAGAGCCAUUGCCACACCAGUCUCUGCACUGUAUAGCAUCUUUGGCUUUAUGGAAGUUAGGUUUACAAGUACAAAACCAAACUUCUGCUUUAAAAAAAGAAAUCUGAAAUUUAAAAAUUUGCUUUUCCUCCCCACAGCAACUUAAGAACUAGGCCCUGAUAUCCUACAAUUUUGGAUUCUCAGAUCUUUCUGAAUGAAUUGGUUAUGAACAUAGCACUGAUGUCAUUGAUGGGAUUUUGAUAAGUAUUUAAUUUCAUCUUUACUUCCUGGUAAUGAAUACAGGAAAAGACAUCAGGUACAUAUCAUAAACUGAUCUGGAAUCUGUUUCAGAGGGCACGGCCUUCCUUAGCAUCUGUUUAAAGGUCUUAUUUAUUAGGACUUACUGACUUCACUAAAUAUAUCACCAAUAUACUAUGUAAUGCGGGCUGGAGGGGCUAGCAAAAAUAAAUUUGUAAUGGGCAUCAAAUUUUGUUGAUACGCUCUAAAAAUUCUCUUUAAAAAUCAUGGACAUACCUAUGGGAUUUCAAACAUCACCCACUUUAAAUUCUGUGUCUCUAUCACAUCAGAGAUGUAUUUUUCUGAUUCUAAAUCUAGGAAAUAUAGGCGAGUAUUAUGGUGCCUAAAGAGGCCUUUUCAAAGCACUGACCGAAAAAAAAAAAAAAAGAAAAGAAAAACAAAAAACACGUUUCCAGAGGAAUUUUAACUAUGUAUCUAAUUCUUCCAUUUGGAUAGUGUAAAGUGUUUUUUGAUUGUUUAAAAAAGAAGUGAAACCUUUGACAUUGACAGAUGUAUUUGCAAGGAUAUGGCUGCAGUAUUACUAACUUCCAUGCAUAUAUAGAAGUAUUUUUAAAUGACAUACCAAAAUCCAGAGAUUUCAGAAAUGCCUAUAUAAGGUAAAAAUGUAAGGUACUCCGAAUAUGCGUUUUUGUUCAUUAGGAAUGUCUUUAAGACUUGGGUGUUUGCUGGUAAUUAAUGAUGACCUGAGUAAGUGAUAAGAUCUAAAUCAGUCCUUUCUUACCCAUCUAAUUAGGAGGAAAUAACUCAAAUAUAUGCUUACAGGAAAAUAAAAGACAACUUUUUAUUAACAAAAAAGGGUUUUGCACAUUGUUGUGGCAAUAUUGUAUCCAGUUAGGAAAUGGACUUAUCCAAAGACAAAUGAAAAUAGGUUCUUCAGGUGACCAAAACUGAAAAUCACUAUUACCAUGUUUCAUUAGUUAAGAUACAAAAUAUAAUUAAAGAAAAAUAUUUUACAUUAAAA